GCUGGCUUCAGAGGAGAGGAUCAGCCAGGGGCAGCCGCCCUUAGAGAGCCCCACAGACGAGAAAGGAGACAUCACACACACCGUGAGCACUCAGAGGUGGAGAAAGAGGUAAGACGGAGAGAAUUGAAGACAUCCCCAUGGCUGUGAAGGGCACCUCUCUCCCCACAACUCUGUUGGAUGUCUUCACCGCCUCCUAUUAUGGUGACUUUGACUACAAUCAUGAAGAUGCGGACCGGAAGAAAGCGCUCCUUAAUAGCAUGCACGUGGUCUCCAUGGUGAUCUAUUCCAUUGCCUUCGUGCUGGGAGUGACGGGCAACGGGCUGGUCAUCUUCAUCACCGGCUUCCGGAUGAAGAGGACGGUCAACACCAUCUGGUUUCUCAACCUGGCCGUGGCCGACUUCAUCUUCACCUUAUUCCUCCCCUUCAGUGUGGCCUACACAGCCCUUGGCUUCCACUGGCCAUUUGGAAGGGCAUUGUGUAAGAUCAACACCGCUUUGGCCUUCCUCAAUCUCUAUGCCAGCGUCUACCUCCUCAUGGUCAUCAGCAUAGACCGCUGCAUCUCCGUAGUGCACCCUGUGUGGGCCCAGAACCACCGCACACCCCGCCUGGCUUUCCUGGUAGCCUUGGGUGUGUGGGUCGUGGCCUUGGCCUUGUGUUCUCCAAACCUAUACUUCCGCCACACGGAUCCCUCCCCAUACAACAAGAACAUCACCAACUGCUACAACAAUUUCGACACGGCCGGGGAAGGGGCCACCGACGAGCAGAGAAAAAAGAGGUUUAACACUAACCACCGGGCCAUGACCAUCAGCCGCUUUAUCUUAGGCUUCCUUAUCCCCUUCACCGUCAUCGUGUGCUGCUACGUUGCCAUCUUGGCCAAGCUAAAGAGGAACCAACUGGCCCGAUCUGGAAAGCCUUUCAAGGUCAUUGCCGCUGUGAUCGUGGCUUUCUUCCUCUGCUGGCUCCCCUACCACAUCUUCUCCUUCCUGGAGAUGAACCGGACACCCAGCCUGGACACCGCCCUCAUUGUCGGCCUCCCCUUGACCGCCAGCCUGGCCUUCAUCAACAGCUGCCUCAACCCCAUCCUCUACGUCUUCAUGGGUCAGGACUUUAAGGAGAAGGUGCGCCGCUCCCUCUUCUCAGCCUUCGAAAGGGCCUUCAGCGAGGAGGCCGCCAGCACCACUGCGAACACGAAGAGCAAGUCCACAGACAUGGACUCCCAGGUCUUCUAGGCACCAUGCGGCUGCUGAGAGCUGGGAACCUCAUCCGUGUUCGGCCAGAACCUCUCCCCCACAUCAACAGGGGCAAAAUUGACCCAAUGAACUCCACCCUUCCAUAGACAUGAUUCCCCGCUCAGCUCUGCUUGUGUUGAUAUACUCCUGCCAGGGAUGGUCUAGGUUCGCUUGAUCCUGUCUCGCCAUGGGAGAAGAGGCUUGAAAGCCUCUUGAGGUUCCUUCUAACCCUACAUUUCUG